CAAAAAAAGCAAUAUUUGCUUUGUAUGCAGUAAAUUCAUUAUCCUGAAAUAAAAUUUAGAAGAUCAUGCACACUGCAUUUGAUUGUUAUCCAAUUGUUGAGCGAUUACCUCUUGUUAUCCAAUCAAUUGCAACAUCAGGAGAUAAACUUUUAAUAGGUACGAAAGAAGGUCAUCUUCUAGUUUAUAACAUUAUUGAAGAAGUAUCGCAAACAGGUAAAAAAUUCCAAGUGCAUUUUAGUCGAUCCAACAAAACAUUUGGAAAAAAAGCUGUAAAACAGCUGAAUAUUUAUGAAAAAAUUGGCGUAAUUUUCAGUCUCUCUGAUGAAAUCAUUAGUGUCCAUGACUCAAAUUCAUAUUCUUUGAAAUUUCAGUUUCCAAAAAGUAAAGGGGUCAAACUAUAUGCUGUAGAUAAUGGCGUGAAAAUGCUUCGCUUGGGCAUCGUUACAUCUCGAAAGGUUCAGACAUUUUAUUGGAAUAAAAAUGAAUUUUCUGAUCUUCAUCCAGAAUUAAAUUUUCCAGAAACUCCAAAGAAAAUUGCUUGGAUUGGAGACUACAUUUGCGUUGGGAUGAGGAAAGAAUAUAUUCUAAUGAGAUGUGACACAGGUGACAUAAUAGAACUUUUUGACACAGGAAUUAAAAAAAGUGAGCCGUUAAUUGCAAAUGUGCCUACUGGUGAAUUAGCUUUAUGUAGAGAUGAAGUAACAGUGUUUCUUCAUGUUAGUAAGAAGGGUGAACAUACUGACAGUCUUGCUGUUACCUGGUCUGACACACCUCUUGCGUUGGAGUUUAUUCAUCCUUAUAUAAUUGCUGCACUGCCUAAGUAUAUAGAAAUUUGUUCUCUCAAUCCAAGACAUGUUGUACAAAGAAUAGAAGCUCCUAAUGCAACAAAUAUUGUUGUUGGUUCUUACUGCUAUAUUGCAUCACCAUCACACACAUGGAGACUAUGUCCAGUUGACGUUAAUAAACAAAUUGACCAGUUAAUUGAAGAAAAAGAAUAUGAAAUGGCGCUCACGCUUACUGAGCUCAUGGAUGAAGUUGGUGAUAAAAAAAAAAAUAAAAUGAAACAAAUAAAAAAGUUGCUUGGUUUUUCACAGUUCUGUCAAAGGCGGUUUGAAGAAGCUAUAAAACUAUUUAACAGCAUUGACGAAGAUCCAUCGUUUGUAAUUGGAUUGUUUCCAAAUUUGCUUCCUAAGGAAUUUCACAAACGCAUAAAAUAUCCAUCAACUCUUCCAAAUUUCAGUGACGGAGAUAUAGAAAAAGGUUUGAAAGUUCUGAUUGAUUAUUUAACUGCAAUAAGACGUAAUGCAAAACAGACCCAACAAUCUACUGUCACAAGCAUUCAACAGUCAGCAGUCGCACGAAGUCGACUGCCAUCGGUGUUAAACAGUCAACAAUCUGAAACAAGCAAAAGUUUUCUCUGUUUAAUUGAUACCACUUUACUUAAAUGCUACCUGCAAGUAAAUGAUAAUCUUAUAGCUCCUCUUUUGCGUCUCAGUAACCACUGUCACGUUGAGGAAUGCGAGAACGCGCUUGUGCAAAAAAAGAAAUUCAACGAGCUUGUGCUUCUUUACCAGAGCAACAAUGAACAUGAGAAAGCUUUAAAUCUUCUUUUGGACCAAUCAGAUAUCGAUUCAAGCCCUCUGAAAGGGCCAACUAAAACAAUAGAAUAUUUACAAAAACUUGGUGAAUCAAAUUUAUCUCUUAUAUUUAAAUAUUCGAUUGGGGUUUUGGAAAAAUAUCCAAAUGAAGCUUUAACAAUAUUCACUAACGAUACACAAGAGAUCGAACAACUUCCACGUGAUCGCGUGUUAGAACAUUUGAAGAAGCAUGCACCAAGUACUGUUACUAAGUAUUUAGAACACAUUAUUUUUGAUUGGAAAGAAACAAAAUCCGAAUUUCAUAAUCGUCUGGUUAGUUGCUAUAUAGAGUCAAUUAUUCCUUUAAUGCGCGAUUAUCUUAUUUCGUUGCGAAGUAGUGAUAAAAGAGCGCCAGCUGGCAAAGAGCCAGGAAAACUAGGAGAUUUACGUGCAAGACUUCUUUUUUUUCUGGAACAUUCUACCCAGUAUCAGCCAUCGAAACUUUUUCGGUAUUUUCCGCAGAACAUUCUACAUGAGGAGCGUGCUUUAUUGUACGGGAGAGAAAAGCGGCAUGAAGAAGCUCUAGCUAUUUACAUAUAUAUUUUAAAAGACCGUUAUAUGGCGGAGCAGCAUUGUCAUAAAAUAUUUUCUGCAGAAAACUGUACAGAUGAAUCUGAUAGAAAUGUUUAUUUGAGCUUAGCGAAGAUGUAUUUACACCCAGAACAAUUACCUUCUCUUACUGCACCUAACUCUGUAUUCAAUGAUGUGGUAAUGAAUCCCGAUCUUCAAGUUGCUCUUGAUAUUUUAUGCAAGUACGCAAAAAGAAUCGAAAUCAAAGACGCGCUAGAACUUUUGCCUUCUUACACCAAAAUCAAAGAUAUUUUGGCUUUUUUAACAACAGCACUAAAAGAUAAGGUACAAAAUAAACACUCAACUAUUGUAAGAAAAAAUCUCAUACACGCUGAAUAUUUGCAAAUAUAUGAACAACAAAUUUAUUACCAGAGCACAAAAUGUGAAAUUACAGAAGAACGUAACUGUCUCAUCUGUCACAAAAGGAUUGGUACAAGUGCAUUUGCAAGAUACCCACCCGGUUUUAUAGUUCAUUAUUUCUGUUGGAAGGGUUUGCCGGACAACACCUGCCCGCCAAAUUUGUUUGAUAAUUAGUUCUUUUUAUAAAAUGGUAGUCAGAUCUUUUGUUGUUGUUUUAGAAUAUGGAAAAUUUUUGUUUUGA